UUUCUUUGAGUUUCUCUUGGCUGUACACUUUCUAAUUGAUGAAAAAUCAAGUACGGGGCAAGGAAUUUAAAAACAACAUUACCUCACCCAUUGUCGAUAUACUGCAUAGUCAGUUACCAGAAUUUUAUACCUUGUCUGUCACAGGUGGAAGGUACCAGCGGUAUUAUACUCCACAUUUUGGCACUCGUGUAAAUAACAUCACAUCAUACAUUGGAGACACAGCAACACUUUAUUGUUCUAUAAUAAAUCUGGGCACAAAAACAGUGGUAUGGCGGAAAACAUCAAGUAGACAUCCAAUCACCGUAGGAACAUUUACAUUUAUCAGUGAUAAAAGUUAUUCUAUUCAACGCCAAAUUGAAAAAAAUGAAUGGAACCUUGUAAUAAAAAAUGUUCAGCCAAAACAUGCAGGUCUCUAUGAAUGCCAUAUAUCAAGUAAAGAAAAACAAAAGUUUAAUGUAUAUUUAAAUGUUAUAGGAAGGAAAGGUGGUGGUGGUGGUGGUUCAGAUGGAGAUAUUUAUCUCACAGGAACUUCAUUUGUGACUGUUGGUGAUCACAUAAUAUUGGUGUGCAAUGUGGUGGGUGGGGACUAUAUCCCCGAGGAUGUAGAUUGGUUCAAAGAUGGCAAUGAGAUCAAAUAUGAUUCUACACAAAGGGUACACGUAACCAGACAGCGUUCGGUGAAUACGAAGUUUUUAUCGAGUCAACUACUGAUUAAAAAAAGUAAUAUGGAUGAUGCAGGGAAUUACGUUUGCCGUUCUGGCAUGGAUGUAACCAGCCUGAAUGUUGAAGUCCUUAAUGCUACAACCAACAAUAUCCGACGCGGACCACGAAAUGAAAAAAACCAUCAGAAAACUUCAAGUUCAGAAAGAUCUACGACCAUCUCCAGGAAAUGGUGGAUAGUAUUUGGAUUUAUGUCAUUAUUAUAUCAAAACGGUGUCACAUUUUUAGAACCAUAACUAAGUACAUUGACUAGUUUUUGAAAAUAUUUAACUUUCAGACUAGAAGAAUUGAAGACAGAAUCAGACUGACAUAUCAGGCUAUCUGCAAAUAUGAAUAUCAGGAAGAAUAAGAACUGAAAUGAUGAAAGGGAUACAGCAAAUUUCAUUUCCUCAUUUUUUUUUUUUGUUUUUUUUUUUUGUUACUAAAUAUAAAAAGAAUUAAAUUCUAAUUAUAAAUACUAGAAAUUAACUAUUUAUUAACAUUCUUGGGAAAAAAGGUUAAUAACUAACAAACCAAUGCAUCAUGGAUUCUUCACAAUGAUUAUAAAGCAGAGAAUAAAGCAUCAUUGAACAUCAGUGAUGAGAAAUAAAUGGUCUUCAGAUACUGAAAUGACCAGCACUUGAGAGAAAGACUGUAGUCAAUGGAAUAAGAAACAACAGAUUCUUUUGGGCAGGAGUUUAGUUGAACUGAAGAUAAAGAAGGAAUUGAAACCCCAAUGAAAAAAAAUAAUAAAAUGAAUGAGAAUGUUUUGUAAAAAAAAAAAAAAAUAAAUAAAA